UCCUCCUGCACCGUUCAUGCCAUCCUAAACCUGAGAGAGAGCAGAGGAAGCAGCAUUGCCACGCGGCUUUGUUUCCAGUAGCAGCUCCUGUGUUUUCCGCCAGCCUCCUCCGUGAAUCAGCACCAGAAAACCCUGCAAAUUUAUCAGACUUCUAUCUUCACUUAAACCUAUUAAUAUCAACUGAAAUAACUCAAUCUAAAUGCAAGUUGUGUGGCAACCUGAAAGAAAGAGAGAGACUUCUUGAGAUGAUAACCAACUCCUGGAUAAUUCUGCCAAAUGACUCUAAAAACUCUGAUCCUGAUAAGAAAGAGCAAAAAUUAAAGUAACUCUUAAAACUCUGUAAAUGGCCUCAACCCCUGAACGUGCUUAAUAAAAAAGUCAAAAAUGAGCAUUCCAACUAAUUUUCAUGGAUUGAGGGUCAGUGUUGAAAGAGGAGAGAAGAUUGGAAAUAAAACCCAUUUCACCUCUUCAGGAGAUGACAACGCCAAUCAAAUAACUUCAGCCAUUGACCAAGAAGGAGUGGGUUUGGUUGAAGUUACAGGGUACAACACAAGCUCUAUUCCUCCACUAGUUCGUCAGAGUGACUCUCCAGACAAAAUUGUAAUCUGGGGAUCUGAGCAGCAAUGUAUGGAGCCUGAGCUCAGAGAAUUUGAAAUCCACACAUUCUUAGGAAACCAAAGUCAGGAGGAGCAUAACGAAGAGGAAGAUGAUGGAGAAAGUUUGAGAGAUGGUAAGGAUGAGGGUCCCAUGUCCAUAUCCUCAAGUUCAACGGCCAGUUCUGCUUCAACCGGUGUCAGGAGAAACUACGACCACAACAGGGAAGAGAGCAGAAUACAGAGGAGCAAAGAGAAACGCAUUGCCUGUCACAGUACUGAAGAGCUGGAUACAUAUGUGAGAGGCUCAGGAGAGAAAAGAGACACCAGAACAGGCAGGGAUAGACGGACAGGGGGUCUGAAGGAAUCCAAGUCUGAGACAAAUGUGUUUGUUUCCAGUCUGUCAGCUGUUGCUCUUGGUGGAAGUCUGUCUAGUGCUCUGGAUUCCAGCGGUGAAGCAUCUCUUAUUUCUAUACCCAACCCCAAGACAAACCUUUUUCCCAACACCAACUGUACUACCUCAGCCCAGACCAGCAGAAGGGCAGCUUCCUUAGACACCAAUCAGAACUCCCCACCAUUUCAUCUCCAAGAGAGAUAUGACUGUCAACAAUACUAUGGCCAGGAACAGAGAGUGGAGGAAAGGAGUCAUCAUAGAAAUGGAAGGUCCUCUGAUGGAGCACUGGGCCAAAGGAGAAGGACUGGAUUUGAGGAGAGGGUGCUGCCACCUCGACGCCAACAGCUCGUCAGACCCCUCUGCCAGACAGAAAUGAUAAGAGACAGGAACUUGCCAGAGCCUAAAACUCAGCAAACUGGGACAGUGCUACAUUCCUCCAACAAUGCAUCACCAGAGUCACACAGCAGCAGGUCAAGCAGAAAGCUAACAAAAUCUGCUUUACGGGAACCAUCAGACUUCUCCCACCUUUACAACAUGAGUGCUGUCUCCCAGCUAAGACAGACUAACCAGGCAUCCCAUAGGGAGGUUCCACCCAUGGAAAAACAGACAACUACAACUGCACAACAUCUAUCUGGUCCCUCUAACGCACCCACUCUGGAAAACAAACCUCAGGCUCAGCUCACUUAUCGAAGGAACUGCUCCAGUCCCAACAGGACUGGAGUUGAAUCCAGGUCAUCUACCCCUCCUCAAUCCCCUCUCAGGACACCACAGGGCUCACCACGCAGGCAGCCCUCUAUGUACCUCAUUUCCAGGAAUGUCUCUGGAGCUUCUAGGCACAUCCCAUCAGGAUGCAACCCAGCUGUACCAACCUCAGCUCAGGGCUAUGGCAACAGUUGUUUGAGAGCUCCAGUGAAAACAAACAUAAGCACAAGUGGAAUCCCAAAAGCGCCUCUUAACAUCCAGCAGAGCUCCUCUAACUCUAACCCCAAAGAGAACUCUCCAUCACCUAAACUCAUACCUAAAGGAAUCCGCCCCAAGAUCAUAACGUCUGUUCGAAAGAAUCCUCAGUUUAAACUCCAGGCUGCUGAUGGACCUUAUCAGGUCUCAUCUUUGCCAUCCAGACUCUCAACUUACUCUCACAGCCAACCACCAGCGGCCUUUAAGGAUCCAUCUAAAGACCCGCGUAGAAACCCUGACGCUGAAACCCGAGGAACCCCUGUACUUAGUGCCUCCAACCCACUCUACGAUAAAUAUCGCCAAGAUAUGCAGGUGAACAGUUUCCCACCAGGGCUGCAAAACAGGAGCAUUAGGACUCCUGGAAACACAAACACAGUUCCCCCAGCACAUGCACACAGCCACAAUGCAACCCCGAAACUGAGCGGAAGGGUGGAGAACUACUAUGGGACAUCAUCUGAGGUGGGGCGAUUCAACAGUUUAAAAGGCACCUCCUCUGAAGAUGCAUUGCAGGGCAGGACAGCUACACAGGCUGGGGGAAGUGGAAGUCUCAUUCGUUCUGGCAGAGGCCUCCGUUUGGGUCUUGGAGCCGUCACCAGGACAACUGCGGGUUCCGUCAAGACCCGUGGACCCAGUCAAGGACAGAGGUCGGCAUCGGUCUUCAGCCAGCCAAUCCAAACCGUUAGCCCAGCGAUCAGCCAGAAAAGCCAAGAAAACACAGAUGACCAGGUUUUCAGCCAUCAAGCUCCUGCGGCUCCUCCUGCUUCUACAGCAGCGUCUCAGCCCCCGUCCACAGCCUCCAGAUCUCUGCUUCCCAAAGUCAGUCAGUCUGGGUUGCGGGCUCCAGGUUUCUCCUCCAACCGUCUCCCGGCAAGCCGCCUGGCAGCCUUUGGUUUCGUCAGGAGUUCCAGCGUCUCCUCAGCGUCCUCAGCCCACUCCGCUGACAGCGUGCAGAGUGAUCCCGGCAGGACAGCACACCGUCCGAGUGUGAGUGAGGAUCCUCCGCUCCACAGAGUGACAACGAGCCCUCCAUCAACAGAUCAACAGAGGGAUCCGCCAUGUCGCAGCAGCAGCCUCCAGCCCCCCUCCACCCCAGCGUUACCACGACGCUACCUGCCACCCCAGCCAAGAAGCUCACCUGGAGUUGGCAGAAAGGAGUUUCAGCGGAGUUCAGAGGUCACACGUUCUCUUCCUUCUUCGCCAAAAAGGUUGGCAGUGGUUCCCCCGAAACUCCAGUCCCCAGUCCAGCCUGGGCAGCGACCUGCAGCGGCGGUGCGGGGUUCCACUCCUUCAGGGUCACCUCGGCGUGUGGCUCCCCUGAGGCCGCAGCAGGAACACCAGGAGAACCUGCAGAAAGAGAAAGAAGAGGCUCAGCAGAAAGAGCAAGAAAGGCAAGCUGAUGAAAAGGAAAAGAUGGAACAAAUGGAGGAGGUUCAUAGGCUGCAGAGGUACUGCAGCCAUCAGGAGAAGCAGCUGAAGGCUUUGAGGGAUGAGCUGCAGAAAACUUCUCUAGGUCUUGAUGCUUUUAUCAUCACCACUCAGCAUUAUUGCCUCAAGAACAAAACUGCUGAGGAAGGUCAAAGUGAAUUGUCCCUGGAGUUGAAGAAAGCUCGAGAGGAAAUGACCUCCCACUCGGUGCGCUGGGAGAGACUCCAGCAGGACAAAACAGCGCUGGAGGUGGCGUUUGAGCGUGAGCUGCAGGAGCUCCAAGUGCAGCAGGAGGCAGAGCUGGCUGCGGUGGAAGAAGGCCUCAGGAAGUGUCACGCUGCUGAGGUGGAGCACCUGAAGGCGGAGCAUCGGUUGGAGAUGGAGGAGUUGACGACUCAGCAGCAGGAGCAGAUGGAGGAGGUGACAGUUAACCACCAGGCAGCUAUGCAGGAGCUUAGAGACAUGCAUAAUAUCACCAUGGCAACACUGCAUGAGGAGCAUGCUCGUACCAUGAGAGACUUGAGAAAAGCUCAUGAGCAACAGAAGCUCCUCCUAGAUGAAGAUUUUGAGAAACUCAGGCUAUCUUUACAGGAUCAAGUAGAUACACUCACAUUUCAAAACCAGAGUCUAAAGGACAAGGCCAAACGCUUUGAGGAAGCUUUGAGAAGGAGUACAGAUGAACAAAUCAUUGAUGCUUUAGCUCCGUACCAGCACAUUGAGAAAGAUCUGAAGAGUUUGAAAGAGGUUGUUGAGAUGAAAAAUCAGCAGAUUCACCAGCAGGAGAAGAAGAUCUCAGACCUGGAGAAAGUGCAGGCUCAAAAGAACGUGUUUCUCGAAGAGAAGAUCCAGGUUCUGCAGCAGCAGAAUGAAGAUAUGAAGGCUCGUAUUGACAUGAACCUCGCUACGUCUAGGCAACUGACAGAGGAGAACGCCAACCUGCACGACUCUGUAGAGAAGGAGAGCACUGAGAAGAAGCGCCUGAGCCGCAACAACGAGGAGCUGCUGUGGCUUCUCCAGACCAGCCCCCUCAUAUCCCCGGCCUCUUCCCCGCUCCACCGCUCCUCCUUCUCCACCUCCCCUGUUCCCUCCUCCCCGCUGUUCUCCUCCUCGCCCUUGGCAGGGUGCGACUCGCCCACCCACUGUCACGGCUGUCCCAGGCAAGCUCAGUACUGCUCCCCAUCGCACAGAGCUGCCGUCAAUCAAAACCUCUCUCCCGGACCGGCCACGCCCACUCACAGGGCCGCUUUCAAUCACAACUACUCCUCCGGCCCGAACACGCCCACUCACAGGGCGUCGUCAGGUUGCUGUAACUCAAACACCUCUUUACAGAAUUAAAAGCAGCUUCCAAAUCUCACCCAAUCCCCGUUUUUUCGGCAGCACUGCAAAUCUUUUCUUUGUAGGCAUGAAUGGUGUUACAAAAAAAGUAACUAGAACCAGUUACCAUAAUACUGUACAGACACUGUGAACCACUCUGAUGGUGGUGUUCAUGAUGCAGAGAUUCUAUAGGUUAGAUAUACAAACACAAAAAAUGCUGGCUACCACUGAAUUUACCAGUCAGAGCGUCUGACUGUUCUAUGUGUGUUCAUGUCUUUUUAAUUGCACACUGUAAAUAUUGUUAAAAUUAGAACAGGUGUUGUUGAUAGGUAAACCUCCCCUGCAUGUGUCCUGCAUAGUGCAAAUGUAGAGAUGGAAAUUACGCAUUCAGUUCACCAGAAUAUGAUACUUUGGUGUGGAAAAAUGCAUUCACAUGCACACACACACACACACACACAUGCAUCCUCAGUACAAUAAGCUGUUCUCCAUUAGAAUAAGAUGUGGAAGGAGAGUCAGUUCUCUCCUUUCAUCUGGACUAAACAAAGCGCCUUAAACUUGGUCCUACCACCUCACCAGCAGAGAGUGACCAAUGUUUUAUUUAUAAAGGACUUCGGUUCAAGAAUUGGUUUGUAAAUCGAAGCAAAUUGCCUCCUCGACUUCUAUUUGAGUGUUUCUAAUUAGCUCAGUGCUGAUAGUUCAACCUCCUCGGAGCCAUGUUACCUGCAAAAUACUGAGAACUUUGUGUAUAUUUUACAGCCUUGCCAGGUCUUCCUUUACAAGACAAGCUCCUCUUCACUUCAGGUCCCUCAGGUCAACUUGCAAAAUCUGUGUUUGCUGUUUUCUACGUACUUCAGUAUGAAUGUGCAGUCUGUUGUGUCUCAACAACAGCAAUCACAACACAACACAACAGUUAACGGAGCGCUCGGAGCUAAGGGAAACCUCGCACAGGAUUUAUUGUUUUAAUUGUUGUCUAUUACUUUAUAGUGCAAUGUUUAACUGAUUUAUUUAUUACAUGUCUUUUGCUAAUUAAGCAAGCAUGUACUGUGAAAGUCUUCCAGUUUUAACGUAAAAAUGAUUAUUGCUGUGAUCUAUUUAUUGAUGCUGAAAUGUUUAGAAAAAACACUAAUCAUCAGUGUUUUUUCUACACUGAUGAUUAGAAAAUAUUUGUGUUUGUAAGUUUAAAAAUAUUUGUCAGGGGACAGAAGUGGAAUACAGAUAUACGACCCCAGUAGAGCAGAUAAUCUGGAGAUCCCAACUAUAUUGUACAUUACACUGGUUUGAAUAUGCAAAAGUAUUCACAUCCCUUAAAUAUUUUCACAUUUUAUGGCAUCAAAACCCCAAACUUUUUUGUUUUAUAAGGAUUUUAUGUUAUAGACCAUCACCAAGUAGCCAGGUUUACUCUUAUCCAUAGCAAGUAGUUGUCCAUUUUAUUAAUUUUGAAUAAAACUCCAUGAUAGCUCUAUCUCUGCAAGGAUGCAAUUGUGAACACCCACUUUCAACUCUCACCACAGACUCUUAUGGAUUUAGGUCUGGACUUUGAUUGAACCAUUCUAGCACAUGAUUAUAUGCUUUGAUCUACAUCAUUCCACCCCCAAUGUUUAAAGUCCUUGUCCUUACUUUUCCAUUUUGAGAUGAUCAACAAAACAAUAUUCUGUGAGGUGUACUUUAUAUUUAAGAUUUUUUGAAGUUUAAAAGAUCUGUUUUGUUCCAUGUCGCCUAACUUUGUGUUUGGUCUAUCACAAAAAUCCUAAUGAAAUGCAUUAAAGUUUGUUGCUGUAGUGUGACAAAGAGUUGGAGGGGCAUGGAUUCUCGGUAUCUGUGGUGCAGGAAUGCAUAGUGUUUUAUUUCACUGAGUGAACAGAGGACAUGUUUAGAACAAACAGGGCAUAAAUUAUUGGAUUUGUCCAUGGAUGCAGAAAAUGCUAGGUUAAACUUCGAGGGGACUGUCUUGUGUAAAAUGCGUCUAAAUUAUGUAGGUAAAGCAAAACAAAAAUUGUUUACCUUUUGUGAUGUGCUCAAUUAGUGUAGAACUUGUAGAACCUGUAUUUGUAGUACCUCUUCAUCACCUUUUUUGUAAUACACUUUAAUUUACAAAUGGUAAUUCAUUUAUACUUUUGCAUACUAAAGAAAACCACAGCAUCCUAGAAUAUCUCAUUCAGGGAAAUCUGAGUUGCAAUUUAUAAGAUUUUCUUUCUUUCUUUUGUACAGCUGCCCUGUAAAAACAAUUUUAAAAGAUUUCCCCCAAAAUUAUUUCACAAAACGGCAGAGCACAGCACAAGCCAACUAUACCCAUAUAAAAAGAGUAAAGGUAAACAGAAAAUUUUACCUUUUCACUAUUUCAAAUGGUGUCUUAUGUCUGCUUCUCAUAGUAAAUUACCCUCAGAGUCAUGGUCUUUAGCCUGGUUUAAGAUAAUAUACUGUGAGCUACAGAUCUCUAUCCGCAAAAUCGAAACAGUUUAGACUUUACCUACUGUAAAUAGAUAGAUCUAGAGAGUCAGUGUCAACAGUUUUACUACCAAGGGGAGCAUGCAUUUGGAUUAGUAGUUAUUAUAGUCGUAUUUAUUGAUAAACCGACAUUUGGGAAUUGAAGUAGUCGGGUUUAAUGGGGUUUUAAUGUGGAGAUCUGGUGCUGGUCAUUAAAAAACUCUCUUGAAUACUUACUCUGCAAAGAAAAUGUAAAAAGAUAUUUACCAGCACACUUGAUUUGAAUGUUUCCACCUCAGCAGGUGACCUUCAUUUAAACGUUAUUGGACCAGGCUUUCAGUAACAAUUCUCCAGUAAAGAUGUGUGCAAAAGCCUUUAAAAUAAAUAAUAAAUUCUUUUUCUUCCUCAAUGGUUUUCUGACAGAAACCUUUGGACAUUUAUUUGGAAGGUAAAGCUAUUCUUCAGCCUAACUUUAAUGCGUUUUCUCUCAUCUUUCCCAUGCUGAAGAGUUGCUAGCAGAAAUUGGCCCUUGUGUCAUGGAUUACCUAUUAAAAGUUUUUCACCACGGCUGAAUUCAAUGAUUAUUGAUUAUUGGUUCUGGAUUUUGAGAAGUAUUUUAGAAAUGAGGUUAAAUUAAUCCUCCUACCCCCUUAUUUAAUUUAAAUGACAAAUUGCUGCAGCAAUAAAAGAAAUAUUUAUUAUAAUGCUCUUUACACAUCUUUACUGGGGGUAAAAAAAAGUUACGGGAGAUGUUGGUCUGUAACUUCUUUACCAGCACUUUUUGAUGGUCUUGAAAAUAACUUUUUUCAUUACACUUCAACUUUUUGUAUGAUGUGGACACAGGGUUGAAUACUCCUAGCAGAAGAAUGUCAAAUGCAGAGCUGGAGAAAUGUAUUGAAAUGGUCACAAUUAUUUUAUGUCUUUUUUCUACGCUGAUGAUUUUAAGAAUGUCUGCUCAAUUGUAAAAAGGAAAAAAAAUAAAACAACAAAAAAAAUAAACUAAACAAAAAUACCCACACAAAAAGAAUGAGGGAAAAGAGUACCAGUCAGAAACUGUGUUUUCGGAUUGUUUUGGAUCAUUUUUCCUCACUUACAUCACUAAAGGAUUCCUCCUAAAGGUUCACCUCAGGCGCAAAAACUACAGUCUUCAAAGAUGCAACAAAUCUAUUGUUUACAAAUGGCAGCAUACAGUUCUGAAUUUCAAAAUAAGUCUUUUGCAUGGACUACAGUUUCUAAACCCUAAACUGGUAUUGUAAAGACCCUGCAAUGUGUCCCGUGGACAUUUGUGUCUCACUUUGCUCUGAAUGUCAAAAUUGUAAUGAUUGCAUUUUGUAAAACUCUUUCAUGCCGUUUUGUUUACUAAAGAAGGACCUCUUUUGUGAUCAUUUUGUAGCAGCUAUUGAAUAUGUAGCAUUUGGUCAAAUCUACUCACAGAACAGCCUGGAUAAUUUAAUAUAUUUGGCAAUGUUUUUAACACUCAUGUUGGUUUCUAAAUGCUACUGUGGCAAAUGUGGCUUGUCAACCUUCAAUUCAAUUACUAACAUUUAUAGAGGUGAUCUUUAAAACUUUAGCUCCUAUGGAUUUUGAUCCUGAGACGAGCUUUUUGGUGCUGAUUGUAUGUUUGAAUGUAAAUACAUUUACAACAUGAGUUGUGUGUCUUAGUGCACCGACAGAAAUAGAAGCAUGUUUUCUCAGCCUUUGCUGUCCUUGUUCUCCGUUUCUCUUCUUUGACCUCUUUGCAUUGUCCAUGGCUAGGUUGUAACUGUAGCGUGGGGAGACGUACAAGAGGAGGAAUAAAAUCAUUCAUCAAUGUAAUGUGAACACAGUAUGUUGAUGCCUUUGUUUGUCAUUUAUGGGGAGAGGACAAUAUUAAAGUGUUU